AGAGAGAAGGGAAUAUCUCUCAGGAGAAAUCCCGUAAUCCGUGCGCGUUAAGCGCGUGCAAAAGCGCCAGGCCACCCCUGCUCGAGGUUGCGGUGGGUGGCGGAACUACGAGGUGGUGACCAAGGAGCCACAGUUGGUUGCGGGCUGUCGCCCUGAGAACAACGCGCGCGCUUCUGCGUCUCUCACGGCACGCGACCUCGUGAUCGCGUGAUCGUAGGAACAAAUCUCUCCCAUCGCAUCGCAAACGAAUCGUGCUGGCCGAGUUUGCGAUCGAGUUGCAAUCCAUCAGUCAGCUCUCGCCAAGGUCAGCACGCGGACAGCGGAACAAUGACAGGGUGCGCGACGUUGAUGUUGUGCCCGUCAGCACGUCGGUUCUGAUCUUUAAUCAGUUUCUAAAUAGCUUCCCAACGGUGUGCAACGCGACGAAAGGAACAUUUUUUCGCACAAUCGCUUAGGCGAUAUCGGCGAAAUGAAUCGUGGGAGGAACGCCGCGAAUUACGGCUACGUGAUAAUUGCUUGUUCCAGAUGGGUGCGGUAAAUUGAAUCGUGCGAUUUUGUGCCUCUACUGUGUUUAAAUAUUACGUUUUAUAAUUCAUUAUCUCAGCGAGAAAUUCGGAGCGCGAGGAAGGAAAGGUCGUUUCGCGAAUGACCUCAUAUCUGGUGGUGGUCGAUAUAUAUAGGUUCUGGUAAAUCACUUGCAAGGCUUGGAUAUAUUAAGUAAUAACUGAUUUAUGAAACUGAUACCGAGAGAAAUUUAUUCAAAUCCGAAAUGGUGGCGCUUUAGUCAUGGUGUAGGAUAAGCGAGGUCAAAGGGGUCACUAUAUCGCGAACGAGGAACGAGGAAAAAAGAAUCGCUCCGCAAGCGGAGCGGUCCCUUUGAAAUUGCGAAAGAACGAAAUUGCCUUUUUUUAGCUCGUCAGCAAGUUCAGUAGUGUGUGACAGUUUCUGGAUAAUUUCGUUGAGCGCAUAGAAAUAAGUCAUUCCGGAGUUAAUCGCUCUUUAACGUAGCGCAAUACAAGGUAAAGAAAAAAAAACGACAGUUUUCGACGCGGGAGAAAUAAUCUCAUUAUUAAUACAAACGCGCGCGUAUUAAGUUGAUCAAUUUAGCACAGAUCCUGGAGAAAGAGAGAGAGGAAGAAGGAGAGCGAGAAGCGAAAAAAAAACUGAAAGUUGAACGAGCGAUUAAUCCUCGUCUCGUUGCGAAACGACAUAGCGAAAGAUCAGAAGGCGCUCUCCAACUUUCCUGUCGCCCGACGAAUAAUUGCGUUUCGACCUACGGUUCGGCAGGUUCAUUGUCGCGUCCGAAACUUUAUAAUCGAGGGUGCACACGUGUGCAGAACGUGUUCGCGCGACAAUCUAGCGUCACGCGACAUGCCGAGAGAAGUUUGCACUGAAGUUGUUGGAGAUCUCCCGGCAAUCUAGUCAUCGUCUUUCGCUAUAAUUCGCUCUUAUGCUAGAGAAGCUUAGAAGAAGUUGCCCGUUGAGACAUGAAACAUUGUUAACACCGCGUGAUCAUGUCAAAGUGUUUCGUCAAAGGCUUUGACGACGUUCAAGAGGAAUCAAGGUUCCGAUUUAUGGCGCGCGAAUCUCUGUGCGCUACACUGCACAAACAUUGGUGAUUCUCUGUGAUUUCAACGUUAACCUCAAGAGCAAUAACGAAGCAAUCAUAAUGUGUAUUAAGGAAACCGACAUUGUUCCACGACGAUCGCGACGAGUCGUUUCUCUCAGAGAAGAUCGACGAAGAUCGUAAGAAAUAUUCUCGAAAAUUAACCAACCGCCGAAGAUUUCUCCUUUCCGUUAAGCAAAAAAAUUGCGAAGAUUUUUGAUGCGAAUAAAUAAUUAGACUGAUCGUGAGACGAAGAAGAGACAAACGAAUCACAUACUUAUAUCUUCUAAUGAUUCUUUUCGAGUAAUUCUCGAUCGGAGAAUGAAAAGUUGAAGACGACGACACGGUUUUUUUACCGGUAGAAAAAUCGGAAAUAUCAUCAUACAGAUACGCGAUUAUUCUAGGAACACUUUGGGAAGGCGAGGAAAAACCUUUGCAACGGCGCGAAGUGAGAUUAGGAGAGCGACGGCGUUGUUUCUCGAGAAAUGAGUGACAGGUAGAUGAAAGGCAAAGAGCCUUCGUGCGACUGCGACAUAAACGAGCCACGAAAAGGAUCACCGUCGUGCCGUGUCGUGAAAAUAGGCCGAAUACAUUUUCGAGCGAUGUCGCUCGACAUGCGUUUACUUGUGUUCGAACGAAGAUAGGAGAGACACUUGCCGAAAGAGAAAGGAGACUCGAGGGAGUCGCGCGUGGGCCCGGAAAUCCAUUACUAUAUUAGCCUGAAUAAAUACUCGAAGGAUUUUCCCCUAGGUAAGAUAGAUCGCGAGGUCCCAGCAGUCUGCUCGACAUCCAUCUUCCAGAGGACCGAAACUGCGGAUAUAUCGAUUCUCUCUCACUUCUCCUUCCAUCUAUCUUUCUUCUCUUCUUCUUCCUCUCUUUUCUCCGAUAUUGUUAUUUCGUUCUCUAUUUUCCCCUCUACUUGAUUUCUCCUCUACGUCGAAUAUCCCACGUAUCCCGAGUCGCUCGAAGAGUUAUGGUCGUUCAUAUCGCGGAUAUUAUGCACAACCCGACUGUCGAAUGUCCGCAUCUGACAUCCGCGAUCGUUUUAUCUCGCUCGAAGGCAACAGCUUCAACGAAUGCGACUCCAUCGGUCCACGAAAUUAAGCGAAAUCGGCCCGGAUGAGAUUUUCGAAGACAGAGAGAGAGAAUUAGGUCAGAAUGAUGUGAAUGUAUGUUCGUCAAUGCAUCUGGUAAAAGUAAUGAGAUAGGAACAAACGUGACUUGAGAACAAUUCAAUGCUUCGUUGAUCGAUCAAAAUCUCGAAAUACCGAGAAUUUUCGGGAAUAUCCGGAAACGACGAUUAAGGAUGUCUAACGUGGAAGGGUACGUCGCUCUACGUCUUAGACGCGAUCGACAAUUUCGGCGACGACGGCCAGGUCGGAUAAUCUUACCGACGACAUCCGUGCCGUGAAAUCGUAAUGUUUAACGUGAAAGAAAACGACAGGAUCGCAGAACGAAUUCGAUCUCUCUCCUUCUUGAAACUUCACGAUGAACGUCAACCCUGAUACGAUCGCGGAUUAAAACGAUGGCAGAGUAAUCCUGCCAUUGUCUGUCGCGAUCAAGAUGAAACCCGACGAUUCACUAGGGAACGACGUGACGGGUUAUUAAACGUCGAAUAACGUCGCGCGAUUCGGUGGGGAUUCACCCGAACUCGAGUUCGCAUCUCGCGCAGGCACUCGGAACAUUGUCGUUGUGUGAACGCGAAUUUCGGUGACUCGGUGAUCGAUCGGGACCAUGGACAAGCCGCGUGAUCGGGCGAUUGUCCGGCAGACGAGGAGCCGCUCAUCGACCGUAAUCGGAAAGUUAGAGUCGGAAUGCUGCACGCUGUUAUGCUAGGUAGCGGUCCAGGACGGGGGAGACGCGAGUGGUAUCCAGGAUUUUAUCUUCAACGUCGUCGUAUCGGCUGCAGAAUGAAUCGCGGCGAGCAGGAGACACUCUUCCGGCAGAGUCGGCAGAUCACGCGGAUUGUACCUUCCCGCGAAGACCUCGUUUUGAGCGUUCUCAAGUCGCCGAUCAAUCAGCAACAACAGCAACAGCAGCAGCAACAGCACCUGCAACAGCAACAACAACAACAACCACUACAACAACAGCAACAACAACAACAACAACGACAGCAGUAUCGGCAGUAUCCGUAUCAGUCGCAAAGCCAGAGUCACUUUAACUGCCAAAGUCGUCCAAAUAAUAAGAGGUGCAAUCAUCCAGGUGACGCGUACAACAACGAGAGUCUUCCACGAAGCAAGGACCAAUGCUCUAGGCACGCGGAAAAGCGGUGCAGCACCGCGGCCGCCUACGCUGCCCUUCAGGGCAGCGAGGACGAGCUCGCGGCCGAGCAGGGUCUCGAGACGGAGGACACCGCGUUGAAGACACCCGGCAGCGAGACCGAGGACACCGAGGACAACGGCGCGAACGCGGAGGAGCCGUCGUCGCCGGCGCACCGAUUCACCUUCCUGCGUCGCUUCCGUUCGCCACGCUUCGGCGAAGCGCACCACAAGCGGGUGCCGACGCCCAUGAAGCGGAAGUACCGGCGGAAAAAGAGCAAGGAGGACAUCAUUGACAAUGAGGUGGCCGACGCCGAGACGGAGGAGCCGCCGAGUCCCGAUCAGACCGGCAUGCCGGAUCCGUACUAUCCGAUCUAUCUGCCGAUCGAUCAGGCCUUCAAGGCCAAGUACGUGUUCCAUCAUAAAAGGGGCAAGACCUUUCAGGAACGGCUCUACGUGUUUCUCGAACAUCCCGGCGGCUGGCUGUGCUUCGUCUACCAUUUCGCUGUGUUCAUGGUGGUAUUGGUGUGCCUCAUAUUUAGCGUUUUGUCAACGAUAGACCAAUACAGUAAUUUCGCAAACGAAACUCUGUUUUGGAUGGAAAUAUGUCUCGUGGUAUUCUUCGGGGUCGAGUACAUGGUUCGAUUAUGGAGCGCGGGCUGCAGGUCGAAGUACAUGGGCUGCUGUGGACGGCUGCGAUUCAUACGGAAACCGAUUUGUAUCAUAGACUUAAUCGUUGUGGUAGCAUCUAUGGUAGUCUUGUCCGUGGGAAGCAACGGUCAGGUGUUUGCCACUUCGGCUAUCAGGGGUAUUCGAUUUUUGCAAAUUCUUCGAAUGCUUCAUGUCGAUCGUCAAGGUGGCACGUGGCGACUCUUAGGCUCUGUGGUUUUCAUACAUCGUCAGGAGCUGAUCACAACGCUAUACAUUGGAUUCCUGGGUCUCAUUUUCAGCAGCUAUUUCGUGUAUCUCGCCGAAAAAGAUGCAGUCGGACCCGACGGCAAAACAGACUUUUCCAGUUACGCCGAUGCACUAUGGUGGGGAGUGAUCACAGUGACGACAAUAGGUUACGGUGAUACUGUUCCGCAAACAUGGAUGGGAAAAAUUGUGGCCUCAUGUUUCAGCGUAUUUGCCAUUUCCUUUUUCGCACUUCCAGCUGGUAUCCUAGGUUCCGGCUUCGCGUUGAAGGUGCAGCAGAAGCAACGGCAGAAGCAUUUUAAUCGACAGAUACCGGCUGCCGCGAUGUUAAUACAAUGCCUGUGGAGGUGUUACGCCGCCGACAAGGCCAUCAACAGCGUCGCCACGUGGAACAUCUACAUCAAGGAUCCGGCGCCAGCUGGACAACCCUCGACACCCCUCGGCAAGUUGAUUUGUGUAAAGAAGAUGGUGGCAAAAAAGGCGAGCGUGCUGAAGAGGCGGAAGUCGCGGAAUCGGAUGGACGGCCAACAGCAACAACAACAGCAGCCAGCCCUGCCGCCUGUCACCAUCUCCGGCGGUAUAUCGGCCGGCGCCGGGACCGGCCAGAACGAUCAGAAUCAACGCCUCGAGAACGAAGGGGACGUGGUUUUUUACAUGGAGGAACCUAAAGCGGGCACGCCGAAUCGGGCCAGACGCGACAACCGCGUGUUUCCGAUUGGCAGGGGAAGCCUCUUCACUUCGCAGACGAGCUCGGUGACGGAGGCAACUAGCGACGAAAUUGACAUCGAUAUCGAGGAACCGCAAAGAGUCACCACACUGACGGAAGCGCACCGGAAUGCUAUCCGGGCAAUCAGGAAGAUCAAGUACUUCGUGGCUCGCAGAAAGUUUCAACAGGCUCGGAAACCGUACGAUGUGCGUGACGUCAUUGAACAAUACAGCCAAGGUCAUUUGAACAUGAUGGUGCGGAUUAAGGAGUUGCAGAGGAGAUUGGAUCAGACCCUGGGUAAACCGGGGAGCUACCUGGCGGGAAUCGACCGGGCAGGCAAUGUAAAACCCAUGACGAUUGGCGCGCGUUUAUACCGAGUGGAGCAGCAACUGUCGGUGAUGGACAAGAAAUUGGACCAGUUGGUGUACGUACUAAACGCGGUGGCGCAGAAACAGCAGAUACCUCUGCGUAGUAUAGAGGACGAUGUGUAACAGAGAGCCCCCGGCGAACUCGUGCAAACCGUUUUAUUAUCACCCGCGAUUUCACGUGCUCUGCUACCACGUGUUACCAUAACUACAGUAACGCCGAAUAUGCUCAGCGAGAGCUUUUAAGAGAUAGCACGCGCCCGAUAGUAUCUCGAAGGUAUAAACUCUGUUGAAGAUAUACCUGGCUCUAUUCGCCUCGAGAGAGUCUGGAGAACCACGAUGAGGUUCAAGAGAUUGCAAAAAUAACGAUAGUCUCGACGAUUUUUUGUUCAAUUCCACUGGGACCACAGAAGUCCACGCUUGCAUAUCUUUGUAACGAUCAUUCGGUGGAACGGCAGUAUUGAUCAUAAAGAAAGAAAAGAAAAAAUCGUCGUUGCUUGUCAUAUCUCGGCGGGAAAUGUAAUAGAAGCGAUUGUGACAAAGAGACAUGUUGCCGACUCGAGACUGCGAGAGGAGUCUUUGAGCGCGAAUGUUUCGACGACGCGAAGUCAAACGCACAGGAUGCUGCAUAAUUAACGAGGCGCGGAAUCAGGGAGACACAGAAGUUGCGGCGAAUCUUCCCGCAAUUGCGCCACGUGAAACGACGCUUUGUAGAAUUAAAGACGAAGGCAUGCGAGAUAUACAUAUACCGUACGCGUAGUCAAAGGAAGGGCGCGAACGAAAUGCAUUAUUCAUUCGAGGGGCUGAUCUUUCGCGAGGGAAGAUCUCGAUCUUAUCGUACGGAAGAAAAGGAAUGAAAAAAAGGGGAAUGUAUCAACGCUGUUCCAUAUUUUCAGUUCGCCGAAAAGAAAUGGAUAAAACGCCAACAUGGGAACAUCAUAUAUUUCGGGCCAACUAGAAAUAAUAAAGAGGAACAAUAACACACACAUAUUAACCAAACUUCCUAGAGCAGAUUUUCGAACCCGUCGAUUAGACUCGUAGACCGCUAAUAAGUCUCGGUUGAACGUUUUAUCUCGUCAACUGUUAUCGAGUACUGAGAGAGAUUCCACAAAGCGGUUCUCUAUAUAAAAUUUCACGAUUCUCUAUAUAGAAUUUCACGGUUUUGAAUCCAUCGGUACGGUUGUGCUUCAAUUCUUAACACGGGUCCCAUAAAUGGAACCAAUUCGGGAUACCGUUGCCCGGCGAAAUCGGUUUCAAUUUCGGGCGCAAUCUCUCGCCAUUUAUUCGUAUCCCGAGUUUACUUUAUCUUCGGCCUAGCACAAAUGUAGAUACUUCGAGGUAACCCACUUUAUAAAGCUGCAUAUACGGUUCUUUUUCAUCUUUUUUUUAUGGCAUUGCUACGAUCGCACUUGCCUACAUCGCUGAGAAGCAAUAUGUCUACGUAGAUUGUAGAUGCUGUGCUCCGUGAAUAAAAAAAUAACAAUCUUUGAUACGCGAUACACGUCCGUACGUAUCGUAUCCGUAAGAAUAUUAGUCUUCGAUACACGUGUGAGUCUUAGGGAAAGGUCUUAAGAGACCUAAAUGAUAUGCCGUAGGAAAAUAAAGGAAAAAAAUAUAUAUAUAUAUAUAUACAUAAAUCGUGAUUUUUCGGGCGUAUCAUUCUCUCGCGCGCAUAAAAAUACAAUUUAUAUUUUAUACGUAGAUUAUUUACCGAAAAACACAUCACACAAGAGAUCGGAUUCCGCGCACGACUCUCGUAGCGUUUGGUCCGUACGAAGCUCUCUUAUUGAUCGUUAGAUUAAUCGAAGCCACGAGCUGCGAUGUCGGCGCGAAUUCUCUGAAGCAAACAAUCUAAUAGCGAGUUUUCUUUGUCGUAAUAUGUAGAUUGAAGAACGAUCGAAUCGCGAUUCGGGAGACAUCGAUAUGGAGAACGAGUGCGGAUGGUUGCAGUUUUAUGAUUUCUUGACUGCCAAGAUAGUUCUAAACGAGACGAGCAAUAUAUAUAAAUGUUGAUAAAUUUAGAUAGUUGUUAAUGAUAAAUAGGAUUCGCGUUGACUCGUAAUUCGCGGCUUCGCGUCGAUCAAUCUUUCACAGGUGGAAGAUUGUUCCUUAUCAAGCGAAUCUAUCGCACUUUAUAUAUCUAUCAUACCUGAUAUAUAUAUACAUAUUAUUACUGUACAUA